UAAAGAACAUUCAUUAAUUCUCAGAUGGGAAAGAUGAAGACAACGGAGGAUGGACGGUGAUUCAGAGGAGAAUGGACGGCAGUGUGAAUUUCUAUCGGCCGUGGGAUCAGUACAAGAGAGGAUUUGGGAAUGUGGAGGGAGAAUAUUGGCUGGGGCUGGAGAACAUGUACCAGCUGACACGCAACAGGAAGUACAUGCUGAGAGUGGAUCUGGAGGACUUUACUGGAAGGAAAGGUUUUGCUCUGUACUCCUCUUUCUCUGUGGGUCCUGAAGCUGAUGGGUAUAAACUACAAGUUUCAGGAUUCAAGGCUGGAGGAGCAGAGCCUGGAAAUAUAUGGAAGACCUGGAAGAACAAUUUCACUGUUGGUAUGAAAUCCAUCAUCAUGAAGAUCAGACGUGUGUCUUAG